AUGGAUCCGUUGCAGCUAUGGGCGGAGAAAAGCGUGUGGUCCAUGGUAUGCGCGAUGGAAUUGGGCUUAAUAUCGGACACGGCGUCGAACGAACGAUCCCGCGCAGAUACCGACACCGAGAUUUCGACCAGUCGUUCGAUCGACGUCGGGAGAUGUUCUCCGCGUAACGAUCAAGCUUCUUCGGAAUCUUCCGCAAGGACGCACGCGUACUUCUCGAACGACUCCCUGUCGAAGCGAGUGAACGGCGACGGAAGGAGAAAACGAGCGUCGAAAUUCGCGUACAAAUUCGCGUCUAGGACGCGAAGAACCCGAAGAAACGUUUUUGCAAACAGGAAAGACGACGUCGUCACGGUGGACAAGUUUUGGAGAUCGCGUAAAAGCAAAUUCGGAGCGUCUGGCAAAUGGGCGAAUCGAGAUAUCAAAAACACGGACCGUUCCAAGGUGGAUCAACAGCAGCGUCGCUUUUCCUAUCGCACUCGAAGCACCGCUCUUUCCUCGCCGAUCGAUAACCCAGUCUCCCCCGUGACGAAACGUAAACGGAUCGAUAGAAACGAUGGAUCGCGACGCGAUCCUUCCCGAGAAGAAAACGCGUCGCGCGAAAACCACGCGAGCCAUCUCUAUCCGGCAAAGAUGGCGAACGAUGGCCCGACGAACGUCGACGCGAUAACCAUCGAAAUCGACCAACUCGAUGCGUUCGAGAGUUCGUGGCCAAUUAACGAAGGAAGGGAAGAAACGCGCGCCGUGGUUCGCACGGAGUGCGACGGAAACGAACGACGUAGUUGGAGAGAAGACGAUAACGCGUUGAUCGAGAAUCGAACGAAAUUCGACCGUGCGUCGAGAGAACCGUUGGAAAACGAGCUAUACGCGGCCGAGGAUGCUGCUCGAUCGGUGAAAUUCGACGAGAUUCACACGCUUCCGUUGGCCGAGAGGAUUUCCAACGAAGGCAAAUCGUGGAACGAAAACGAACGAAACGAUUCGCACGCGAAAGGGAGCGAAAUGCCUCGGAACGAGAACGCCGCCACGAUCACCGCCGAGCCCGUGAUGAAAAAAUUCGUGAAAAGCGAGGGACUUGGCGCGAAAACGUGCAAAGGGAACGAAGAAUAUCAGGAGGUCAGAAGAGUGACGCGAGGAUCGAUGAAAAUCGGCAAGGAUCUAUUCGUGGGCAAACUGGUGUGGGGCAGUUGCUCGGGAUGGUGGCCAGCGUUGAUUAUCGAUGCCGACCAUGUAGGAAUGUUAUCCGAGGCAGGAAAAUUAUGGGUUUACUGGAUCGGAGAAGCUCGUAUAUCAUUACUGAACGAAAAGACACAGAUCGAACCGUUCUCGUGCAACCUCGAGAGUAGGCUAACGCACAACUUGAACAUUGCGCGAAUCCAUGCCAUUGACGCAACCAUGCAGAUACUGCGCAAGACAUUGGGCUGUGCUUUAACGAAGCCUUACUUCUCGUGGAUCCAAAACAAUUACUCGAACGCGAUCGAAACGUUGGACGAGGUGAAAUUCUACCCGUACCCGAUUAAAAUACAGCAGAGAUUGGAGCAUCUGAGGGAGAAGAACGCAAAAGUUACGGAGAAAUACGUGCUAGACCAAAAACGAGAAAGUCAGGGGAAAAAGUGGACGGAGAAGCCGAAAGAUCCAGCGCAAAGGAGCAACGUAGAUCCGACGCGUUUACCGCUCAAGGAACAGAAUGCCGGAAUUAUAGCUUGGGCUAAAAUCGCCGGACACAACUGGUGGCCAGCAAUGAUUAUCGAUUAUCGCGACUGUUGCAUGCGGGAACCAAGCUUUGGUUGCCAGUGGAUUAUGUGGUACGGUGACUACAAGCUUUCAGAGGUCCAUCAUCGAUUGUUCUUGAAAUUCGAUAAGGGUAUGGAAAAAAUGCGCGACUACAUAAAUAAUACGAAAAAGCAUAUCUAUCUCGUCGGGGUCCUUCAAGCAUCCAAGGAUUAUUGCUUUCGGCUGGGAUUCGAAACGGAGAACUGGACUCUGGACGACGCGUUGCGAUAUUUCUCGAAAGCAAAGCAACGUUCUUCAACGUUGCACGAUGAUCCAUCCAGACGAGCAGAUUCCGUGAAAAUAUACGACAAAUAUUCCGCUCGUAUAGUAACGAAAUUGUACGAGUUGAAGAACAAUCCGAACGUGGACGAUGAACGGACCGACGAGAUAAGCAAGAGCGAUGAUUUACGAUCCGCGAUGAACGGGGACAUCGCGUUCGAAUCGUUGUGCCUAAAGUGUCUAAAAGUUCCCGAGGACAGCAGGAGGACGGAGAUUCAUCCGUUCUUCGAGGGAUCUCUCUGCGAGGACUGCUCGGGACGAUAUAAACCCUGUAUGUUCGUUUUCGGCAAUGAUGCCAAGUGCUUCUAUUGCACCGUAUGCGCCGCGUCCGGAAUGAUGAUCAUCUGCGACAAAGAGGAUUGCCCAAGGGUGUACUGUACCGCUUGCAUGAAACACCUGUUAUGCCGGACGACCUACGAGCAAGUACUCCAGGAAGAUCCUUGGGAAUGCUUCCUCUGCGCCAGUAAGUCUCGAUCGUUUCCCGACAUGAUCGUCCGACCACGAGCAAAUUGGAAGGACAAGAUAAUCAACAUGUUCCGUACGAAUUGCAAUUCGAACGUGCAACAGCUGGUAGAACGUAAUCGGGAGAAGAGAAAGAUACGCGUUCUGUCCCUGUUCGAUGGCCUCGCUACAGGUUUACUGGUACUUCUAAAGUUGGGCUUAGCCGUGGACGCGUACUACGCCAGCGAAAUCGACCCGGAUGCGUUGAUGGUCAGCGCUUCGCAUUUCGGCGAUCGCAUCAUUCGCCUGGGCAACGUCAAGGAUAUCACGGAGAAAAUGAUCGGUGAAAUGGCACCGAUCGAUCUAUUGAUCGGCGGAUCACCGUGUAACGAUCUUAGCUUGGCCAAUCCUAUGCGACUCGGACUUCAUGAUCCGAACGGAACCGGCAUCCUCUUUUUCGAAUACCGUCGAAUCUUGGAGCUAGUGAAGAAGAAAAACAAUAAACGUCGUCUAUUUUGGUUAUACGAAAACGUCGCUUCGAUGCCGAGCGAGUAUAGAUUGGAGAUUAACAAGCAUUUGGGACAAGAACCCGACGUGAUAGACUCGGCAGAUUUUUCUCCUCAGCAUAGAUUGAGGUUAUACUGGCAUAAUUUACCGAUAGAACCACAGUCGUUACCUUUUCAAGGAGAACAAGAUGUACAAGAUAUACUUACGCCGCAUUGUCAGCGUUACUCGCUUGUCAAGAAAAUUCGGACCGUUACUACUAAAGUAAACUCGCUGAAACAAGGCAAGUUAGCUUUGAAACCAAUUCUGAUGAAAGACGAAAGUGACUCGUUGUGGAUAACCGAACUUGAAGAGAUAUUUGGAUUCCCGCGUCACUAUACGGACGUGAAGAAUUUAUCAGCGACAAAACGCCAGAGAUUAAUAGGCAAAUCUUGGAGCGUCCAAACUCUAUCUGCCAUUUUAAGAUCUCUCUGCCCCUUCUUCGAGUGCAAUACGAACGAAAUAAACUAA